GUAUAUACAUAGGUGCAGGAGAGGGUCGAGAAUAACUCGUCGCUUGACAGUUCUACACCUCGUUUGACAGUAUAUACGGAGAGGGAAUUCACACGUUGAACGCAUUGAGUGCAUCGAGUGACCCGCAGCGAUAAAUGAAGGAAACCUCGGAGAUAUAGAAAAAUCGGAGCUGCUGAUCGAGGGUGUUCCAGGACACGAUCAGCUUACAUGGAUGACAUUAUAUUGUGAGGUUAUAUUAUACAUGUUGUGGGCUGAGCAAGUGAACAGAGGAAAAUAUAUACCAUACACACAGCCGUCAAGUGUGCAGCACUGAUUACUCGCUCGGGCGGGAGAUUCGAAUCGACAAACCGCGCGGGUCCUGCGGAAGAAAUAAGCAACGGAUAGCCCACACAACUGGUCUUUUACUAUCGACAACAAAGUUUUUCUACUUUUUCAAACGCGCACAAAAAUGGGCAACUUGGGCCUGAGACCGCACUACGAGACGUCCAAGAGGACGGGCGCGCUGAAUCUGUCGCAGCGCAACCUGGACGAGUUCCCGCAGCAGCUGGCCACUCUGGAUCAGCUGCGUAACCUCGAUCUCUCCUCGAACAAAUUUUCCAGACUACCCAGCGAAGUUGGGAAAUUUUCCCUCCUCAAGCAGCUCAACGUCAGUGGAAAUCGGCUCACCGAACUCCCCGAUAUCAUAGGCGAUCUCGUCAAGCUCGAGACACUCAAUGCCAGCUUCAAUAAAAUCGGCGCUCUCCCGAGCUCCCUCGCCAAACUUUCGCAUCUCAAGCAAGUAAAUCUCUCGGACAAUCGGUUGACCGAUUUCCCACGGAUGUUUUGCGGUAUGCGUCAUCUCGAUCUUUUGGACCUGUCGCACAAUAAAAUAACUUCGAUACCGGACGAGGCGUCCGAUCUCUACGUGACCGAGUUGAACCUCAACAAGAACCAAAUAAGCUCGAUCUCGCCGAAUUUGGCCGACUGCCCGAGACUGAAGACGCUCCGUCUGGAGGAGAACUGCCUGAAACUCGACGCCAUCCACAAGCGCAUCCUCGAGGACUCAAAGAUUUCGGUGCUUGCGGUCGAGGGAAAUCUGUUCGAGAUGAAGCAAUUGGCUGACUUGGAUGGGUACGACAAGUACAUGGAGAGGUACACGGCUGUCAAGAAGAAGAUGUUUUAGGUGAUCAUUGCGAGACCAAUUGCUAAGUAUUUUCCAAGUGUUUGCACUUUGGUUCUUUUGAGGAUUUCAAACGAUGAGAACUA